AUGUCUUUCGCCGCGCGAAACGCCCUGCGGCUGUCCCGCGCUGCGGCGCCCCGCGUCUCUGCCCGCGCCGCCGCCCCUCGCUUCUUCUCCGUCACCCGCGCCAACCGCGUCUCCGACACCCCCAACAAGAAGAGCGUCGUCCGCGAGAAGGAGGUGCCCGUCACCGUCUACGGCGCCGGCCACGGCGAGAAGCACACCGUCAACGUCCACGAGGACGCCGCCAAGGUCCCCUACGACUCCCCCGUCCCGCCGCCCGACCAUGACGCCGUUCAGCCCCUCUCCCGCAAGACGUUCGAGGCCAUGCCCUGGACGCUGCGCAACAUGACCGUCUACGGCAAGACCAUCAUUGUCACGGGCGGUGCCCGCGGCCUCGGCAACCACAUGGCCCGCGCCUGCGCCGAGGCUGGUGCUAAGGCCAUCGUCAUCUUCGACGCCAACCAGGAGCUGGGCGACGAGGCGGCGGCCGAGCUGCACGACAAGUCUGGCCUGCCUGUGUCCUUCUUCAAGGUGGAUGUGCGCGACGGCGCCGCCAUCAACGCUGCUGUCGAUUCGGUCGUCGAGAUGUAUGGCGCUCCCGACGCGCUUGUCAACGCCGCGGGUAUCGCCGACUCUAACAUCAAGGCUGAGACGUACGACCCGGCCAUGUUCCGCCGCCUCAUCGACAUCAACCUCACGGGCACCUUCCUCAUGUCGCAGGCCGUCGGCCGCGCCAUGAUGGCCGCGGGCAAGCCCGGCAGCCUCGUGCUCGUCGCCUCCAUGUCGGGCUCCAUCGUCAACUACCCGCAGGAGCAGAGCUGCUACAACGCCUCCAAGGCCGGUGUCAUCCAGUUCGCCAAGUCCAUCGCUUCGGAGUGGGCCAAAUACGGCAUCCGCGUCAACUGCAUCUCGCCCGGCUACAUGGACACGGCCCUGAACCGCGUCCCCGCCCUCGAGGCUCAGAAGAAGAUCUGGAAAUCCCUGACGCCCCAGGACCGCCUCGGCGCCGUUGACGAGCUCAACGGCCUGUGCGUCUUCCUGGCCUCGGACUCGUCCAGCUUCAUGACGGGCGCCAACGUCCUGAUUGACGGCGGCUACUCGUGCUACUAG